UUGUUCCGUUCCAUUUAUGCUCAUGCACGUGGUUUGAAAUUCCACUUAACCUAGUUUAACUUAAUAUGAAAUUUGAGGAAAAUGUGUCUAAGUAACACAUGGAAAACUGAUUUUACAAGGACAAGUUACCCAUAAGUAAAAAUUAGAGAAAUAAGUACAUAGUAGAAAUUUCAUCAGAAAUACUAUUUUAUAACAAUGGCAAAUCAGACAUGUGAUGAAUCUGCCAACAAGAUACGACUAAUAAACUCAGAUGAUGAAGGAUCCAUUCGAUUGCAAACUGACAAUCAACAGAAACCUGUAGAUAGGGUGCAGAUGAAAAAGCAGCUUGGUCUUCUAGAAGGAGUAGCUAUUAUAUUAGGAAUUAUAUUUGGUUCAGGAAUUUUUAUUACACCAAAGGGUGUCAUACAAGAAGUAGGCAGUGUUGGACUAUCUCUAAUCAUAUGGAUACUGUGUGGUUUGCUUUCUAUGGUGGGUGCAUUGUGCUAUGCCGAGCUAGGUACCAGUAUACCACGUAGUGGAGGAGAUUAUGCUUAUAUUCAUGAGGCUUUUGGUGUAUUACCUUCAUUCUUGUACUUAUGGGCUGCUAACUUAAUUUUUGUACCAACAACGAAUGCUAUCAUGGGAUUAACCGUUGCUGAGUAUGUCCUGAAACCAUUUUUUCCCAACUGUAGUGUUCCAGAUGAUUGUGCGCGAUUGAUAGCUGCACUGAGUAUAUGCUUGCUCACAUUCAUUAAUUGCUAUGAUGUGAAGGAAACUUCUAAGAUGCAGAAUAUAUUUAUGUUUGCUAAAAUUGGAGCGCUGGUGAUUAUUAUCAUAGCUGGAUUGAGCUGGCUUUGUAUAGGUCAUACAGAAAAUUUUGAGAAUAUUUUCGAAAACACAAAUUCCAGUCCUGGUAAGAUCGCCGUGGCAUUUUAUUCUGGCAUAUUUUCGUAUUCGGGAUGGAAUUAUCUAAAUUUCAUGACGGAGGAACUAAAAAAUCCUUAUAAGAAUCUACCACGCGCAAUUUACAUAUCACUGCCGUUAGUGACUUUUAUCUACGUUAUGGCUAACGUAGCUUAUCUGGCGGUUUUAACGCCGACAGCUAUGAUCGCUUCCAAUGCUAUCGCGGUGACUUUCGGCAAUCAAAUACUUGGAUAUUUGGCCUGGACCAUAUCUGUAAUGGUGGCUGUGUCGGCUUUCGGCGGAUUAAGCGUACACAUAAUGACGUCGUCAAGAAUGUGUUUUGUUGGUGCUAGAAAUGGUCACUUCCCCUCGAUGUUGAGCCACAUCAACAUGUCCAGAUUGUCGCCUACACCUGCCUUAGUAUUUCUGUGUAUUCUGUCUCUGGUGAUGCUAUGCACAAGCGAUAUCAUCGUACUAAUCACAUACUGCAGCAUAGUAGAGUCGUUUUUUAUUACGAUUUCUGUGGCUGGAAUUUUGUGGCUACGCUAUAAACGGCCUGACAUUGAACGGCCGAUCAAGGUCCCUUUAUGGAUACCUAUAGUAUUCGUAGCAUUAUGCACUUUCUUAAUUCUCGUACCUUGUUAUGAGAGGCCGUACGAGGUUGGAAUGGGUAUUCUGAUUACUGUCUCCGGUAUACCCGCGUACUUCUUUGGGGUCGUUUGGGAAAACAAGCCAUCUUGGUUCCAGAAAAUCAAUGUUAAAGCUACUCAUACUGUACAGAAGUUAUUUCUGUCUGCGAAAGAGGAACGUGAAAUUAAUUAGCUGAGUGAUAAAAUUUGUAAAUUAAAUCCCACCGAAUAAGUUAAGAAAUGAUGCUGUCGAGACGAUCCAGGAGAUCGAGAAAUUUUGUGAUCUGCAUAUUUAUAAAAAUUAGAAAAAUAUCAGGAUUUAAGUGAAAAGACUUCCAAAGAUUAAAGAAUUUAGAUAUAUUUAAAGAAUCCUAAUAAUGUAAAACGCUAUGUGUAUUAUGAAGUGCUAGAAACUGCACAUAAAAAUCGGUGUAAAAAGGA